UGGCUGCAUUCAUUGCAUUUAAAAUAAUUGAUUAGAACGGACAAAACACCAUGAAUUUCCAGUGGAAAGUGAUCAUAUUUUUCCUCUGGCUGGGCUUAUACUGCAGCAGUGGAUAUGUCCACAAUCGUCAUGUGGUCGAAAAGCGAGAUGUAAAUGGAACCUCUAAGGAGUGGCGAUUUCCAGGAGAUAUCCUAAAAACCAUUCUCACACCCAUAGCUAAUUUUGCUGACAAAAUCGAAGUAAAUAUACCUGGAUUAGCGAGCUAUCGCACAGAGAAUAAUAAUGAUUAAAGUCUAGAUUGUGAGUCUAAAUGAGUCAUAAAAUUAAUUAAAUAAAUUGUUAAACUACAUA